CAGUGGCAUGAUCAUAUUUCACUGUGGCUUCAACCACCUGGGCUCAAGUGAUCCUCCCACCACAGCCUCCCCAGUACCUGGGAUUGAAGUAUCAUAGGAAGAACUAUGACCUAAGAAAAAAAAAGUGGGACCCGUGUAGAUUAUCUGCUCAAUGUUACGGUCAAAUGACUACUGUUGUAAAAAACAAAAUCCAUAAAUCAAGAAAGUGGAGCGGGGGGAAGGAGCAGCACCAAAUCCAAGAUGGCGGCCAGCAGGAGGCUGAUGAAGGAGCUUGAAGAAAUCCGCAAAUGUGGGAUGAAAAACUUCCGUAACAUCCAGGUUGAUGAAGCUAAUUUAUUGACUUGGCAAGGGCUUAUUGUUCCUGACAACCCUCCAUAUGAUAAGGGGGCCUUCAGAAUCGAAAUCAACUUUCCAGCAGAGUACCCAUUCAAACCACCGAAGAUCACAUUUAAAACAAAGAUCUAUCACCCGAACAUCGACGAAAAGGGGCAGGUCUGUCUGCCAGUAAUUAGCGCUGAAAACUGGAAGCCAGCAACCAAAACCGACCAAGUAAUCCAGUCCCUCAUAGCACUGGUGAAUGACCCCCAGCCCGAGCACCCGCUUCGGGCUGACCUAGCUGAAGAAUACUCUAAGGACCGUAAAAAAUUCUGUAAGAAUGCUGAAGAGUUUACAAAGAAAUAUGGGGAAAAGCGACCUGUGGACUAAAAUCUGCCACGAUUGGUUCCAGCAAGUGUGAGCAGAGGCCCCGUGCAGUGCAUUCAGAUACCCCGCAAAGCAGGACUCUGUGGAAAUUGACACGUGCCACCGCCUGGCGUUCGCUUGUGGCAGUUACUAACUUUCUACAGUUUUCUUAAUCAAAAGUGGUCUAGGUAACCUGUAAAGAAAGGAUUAAAAAUUUAAGAUGUUCUAA